AUGGCCUCGAAUGCGACAAACACCACAAAGGGAUAUGCUCCCUUCGAUCUCUACCCCUACAAUCCGGGUGAGGGGCCAGCUUUCGCCUUCUUGGGACUCUUUGCGGCUGCCGCAGCCGUUCAUUUUGUGCUCAUGUUUCCAUACCGAUCUGCUUUCCCUAUAUUUAUGAUUAUUGGCGCUGGCAUGGAAUCCGCUGCCUAUUGGUUCCGAUCACGAUCGCACAACAAUCUCCGACAGACUCUCCCAUUUAUCAUCCAAAACCUCCUUGUGCUUGUGGCGCCACCCUUCCUCGCAGCGACCCUCUACAUGUCUCUCGGCCGAAUAACACGCGCACUCAGGGCCGAAAAUCUAUCGUUGAUCAGCAUCCGAUGGCUGACCAAGUUAUUUGUGCUUGUAGACGUCAUCUGCUUCGUGACUCAGACGGCUGGCGCAAUCAUGUCCGGAAGCGAAGUGGCCGACGAAGCCAGCCGUGGAAAAAAGAUCAUCAUUAUAGGUUUGGGACUUCAAAUCGCUGCCUUUUCCUUGUUCAUACUUUGCAUCUUCACGCUGCAAAAGCGGAUACCAGAGUCGCCGAGAGCCUCAGCCGUGACAAACGAGCUGUCAUACCGCCGCUACCUUGUGGGCCUGUACAUUACCAGCAUGCUGUUCUUGAUCCGCAACGUUGUUAGGAUUAUCGAAUACAACCAAGGAAGCGAUGGAACAUUGCUGUCAUCGGAGGUUUGGUUGUAUGUUUUUGAUGCUUGCUUCAUGCUUGCCAUCAUUGUUACCAUCAUAUUCCUACACCCAGGACGGCUGAUUAAGAAGGCUCGGUAUGAGAAGGCGAAUGGGUCGGAUAUUCUAUUAGUAUAA